CUCUGGGCGGCUCUGGGUAGGUUGUAGUUCUGCUGGGUGCAGAACCCUAAGUUCAAGUGAAUGCGACGGCGGUGAUUUUUGCUCCUUCGUGGGAGCUGCGACUUUUUCGGCCUUCUUGCAUUCGCUUGUGUCCGGAACCAGACUGACUCUUCUUGCCAGCCCCAAAGGGAGCAUAAACCAGGGACUUUGAUAUCAUGCAACAGAAGACCAAAUUAUUUCUCCGGGCUUUGAAGUAUAGUAUUCCUCUCCUUGGGAAAUGCGUGCAGAAACAGCAUUUGAGUCAUUGUAACCUCGUUGAUCAUUAUUACAAUAGAAUAAAAUUGAAAAAAUAUCACCUAACCAAGUGUCUGCAGAAUAAACCCAAGAUAUCAGAGUUAGCAAGAAACAUCCCAAGUCGGAGCUUCUCAAGUAAGGAUCAUCUGCCUAUUAAACAAGAAAAGGAAAAACCUCUUUCAGAAAACAUGGAUGCAUUUGAAAAAGUGAGAGCAAAAUUAGAAACACAACCACAAGAAGAAUAUGAAAUCAUCAAUGCAGAGAUUAAACAUGGUGGUUUUGUUUAUUAUCAAGAAGGAUGCUGCUUGGUUCGUUCCAAAGAUGAAGAAGCAGACAAUGAUAAUUACGAAGUGUUAUUCAACUUGGAAGAACUUAAAUUAGACCAGCCGUUUAUUGACUGUAUCAGAGUUGCUCCAGAUGAGAAAUAUGUGGCUGCCAAGAUAAGAACUGAUGAUUCUGAAGCAUCUACCUGUAUAGUUGUGAAGCUUAGUGAUCAGCCUGUAAUGGAAGCUUCUUUCCCGAAUGUGUCCAGUUUUGAAUGGUUAAAGGAUGAAGAAGAUGAAGAUGUUUUAUUCUACACCUUCCAGAGGAACCUUCGCUGUCAUGAUGUAUAUCGGGCCACUUUUGGGGAUAACAAACGUAAUGAACGUUUUUACACUGAAAAAGAUCCUAGCUUUUUUGUUUUCCUUUAUCUUACAAAAGACAGUCGUUUCCUCACCAUGAAUAUUAUGAGCAAGAUCACUUCUGAAGUGUGGUUGAUAGAUGGCUCAAACCCUUGGGACCCCCCAGUCCUUAUUCAGAAGCGAAUCCAUGGGGUCCUGUACUAUGUUGAACACAGAGAUGAUGAAUUAUACAUUCUCACUAAUGUUGGCGAGCCUACAGAAUUCAAGCUAAUGAGAACAGCAGCUGAUACCCCUGCAAUUAUGAACUGGGAUUUAUUUUUCACCAUGAAGAGAAAUACCAAAGUUGUAGACAUGGACAUGUUUAAGGAUCACUGUGUUCUCUUCCUGAAGCACAGCAAUCUGCUUUAUGUUAAUGUGAUUGGGCUGGCUGAUGACUCAGUUCGAUCUCUAAAGCUCCCUCCUUGGGCCUGUGGAUUCAUAAUGGAUUCAAAUUCUGACCCGAAGAACUGCCCCUUUCAACUUUGCUCUCCAAUACGACCCCCAAAAUAUUACACAUACAAGUUUGCAGAAGGCAAGCUGUUUGAGGAAACUGGACAUGAAGACCCGAUCACAAAGACAAGUCGGGUUUUACGUCUAGAAGCCAAAAGCAAAGAUGGGAAAUUAGUACCAAUGACUGUUUUUCACAAAACGGACUCCGAAGACUUGCAGAAAAAACCUCUCUUGGUCCACGUGUACGGCGCUUACGGGAUGGACCUGAAAAUGAACUUCAGGCCUGAGAGGCGGGUCCUGGUGGACGACGGCUGGAUACUAGCCUACUGCCACGUUAGGGGAGGUGGUGAGUUAGGCCUCCAGUGGCACGCCGAUGGCCGCCUAACUAAAAAGCUCAAUGGCCUUGCCGACUUAGAGGCUUGCAUUCAGACGCUUCAUGGCCAGGGCUUUUCUCAGCCAAGUCUAACAACCCUGACCGCUUUCAGUGCUGGAGGGGUGCUUGUGGGAGCACUGUGUAACUCCAGUCCAGAGCUCCUGAGAGCUGUGACCUUGGAGGCACCUUUCUUGGAUGUUCUCAACACCAUGAUGGACACCAGCCUUCCUCUGACACUAGAAGAAUUAGAAGAAUGGGGGAAUCCUUCAUCUGAUGAAAGACACAAGAGCUACAUAAAACUUUACUGUCCUUAUCAAAAUAUUAAACCUCAGCAUUACCCUUCAGUGCACAUCACAGCUUACGAACAUGAUGAGCGUGUCCCUCUGAAGGGAAUCAUGAACUACACAGAGAAACUCAAGAAGGCGGUCAUGGAGUAUUCCAAGAACACAGGUGCAGGCUAUCAGACCCCCAAUAUUAUUUUAGAUAUUCAGCCCGGAGGGAAUCAUGUGAUUGAAGAUUCUCACAAAAAGAUUACCGCCCAAAUUAAAUUCCUGUAUGAUGAACUUGGACUUGACAGCACCAGUGUUUUUGAGGAUCUUAAGAAAUACCUAAAAUUCUGAAAUGCUACAUUGAGCUGGGAUUUGGAGAUACACUGAAGUUCUCUAUAGUCUUAGUUCCAGUUGGGUUAGCAAAGGUGAGAUUUUAAGUUAUUAGAGAAGUUUUUAUAAGCUGCUUAUCCAUCCAAGUUGUGCUUAGCCUGCUUCUCGGCCAGUUGUACUGUUCUCAUCCACUGACACACACCCCUUACCUGGGCAGAUGGCAGGUGGUCUCUUUCGGACAUGGAGGGGCCCCAGAGGGACCCCGGAAGGACUGGGACAGCCAAACGCCGGGUCUCCCUCCAAUCAGAACUCUGCCUUUGUCUAUUUGCUAAGGUUUUCUUUAAAAAGUUAGUAUCCUUCCUCUUCGCUAGUGAAUAUUUUUAGUCACUGUGACAGUGAGUCAUCUUCCAGUUUCUAUGGCUACAUUUUAAGGAGAAAACAUUCUUCAAAUUGAAAUUCGUAGAGCUUUUGAAUAAUCUCGAGUCCUGUGGUGUUUUGAUCAUCUCCUGUUGAUGUUAUUUAAUAUUUAUAUUACAAGUUCCUCCAAGCAACAAUUUUCUUUUAAACACUUUAUUAUUAUUUUAAACAUUUGAGAACUUUUUGUAAAGCAUUUACAUUCAAGUGACAGAAAUAGUGAGGAAUUAGUGAGUAUUUAUAAAGUUUAUGCAGCAGCGUGCUCUUUGUGAAGUUAAAUAUGAGAGCCAGUGUCGCCAUGCCGUCCAGAGAGUCCCUUAACACACACUGUACAGUAUGUUGAAGGCACUGGAGUAGCAGGCUCGAUUGGAGACAAAGCAUUUGUCUCUGAAUGCUGUUAGCUGAUGAAAGAGAUUGUUCGUGUUGUAUUCAAGGAUUAGUCCUUCUCCCUGCUCCAGAGAAAGGCCACCUGUGUCAACUUCACCGCGUGUGGAGGCAGGGUUGGUACUCAGUCUUACCCUCAGUUUUGUAGGAAGACCUAAAUUCAUGUCCUGUAGGUUUAGCAGUGUUGAGUCUCCAAAAUUCAGAACCACAAGAAAGACUCUGUCUAUGCCAUCCAGCUCCCUUGUGUACACGACAGAGUUGCUGUCAUUGCUCAGAAGGCAAAACCAGCCCCUGCUGAUGAGCAGCUCAUUGGCAUGAAGCAGACUUAAAUCUUGGUACAGUUUCAAAGCAGAACUAGGCUGAGUCUCUUGGACCUGUUUUUUCAAAAAAAAUUUACAUAAAUGUUUGAUUCUGAGGACUUUUUUAAAAUAUAUUUUAGUAUCUAAUAAGGAAUUAUCCUUCCCCCAAUUGCUUUUAUUUUGCUCCUGAAAAUAACUGCCAAAUUUUAUGCAUUAAUAAGUAAACAAUAAUUUAUAUAAAAACUGUCAGUGCAGAGUCCGUUGUGCAGCUUGUCUGGAAGUCCCCACAGUGUGCAGUCCCCAGCCACAUCUAGCUCUACAGGAACCAAAUUCGACUCCAUUGCAAAAACUCUGAAACAAGUGUUCACAGCCAAAGUAGCACCACUGUUCUAAUAAGGAACAUUACUGUGCUGACCUAAGUGACAUUACUGCGCUGAAUUGUAAUUGCCAAGUGCAUGGAAGAAGCCUACAUGGCAGCGGACCCCGGGGAACUCCUGAUGCGUUCGGGCCUACGCGGUCUCUUUCGUAGAAUGAUGUGUAGGCUGCAGCAGACACGGAUGUCUUGCCCAGCUAUUGAUGGAACAUGAAGUUUCCAAAGAUACAAAACAAAAAACUGCUUAAAGUGAAAGAUAAAAAUUGUAGGGGCUGCUUUUAUCAUGAAAGGGUUGGCUGUUAAAGAUUUGAGCUUAUUUUACAGCUAGAUAAAACAUGUAAAUGUAUUUUUCUUGGUUUUCCUCCCUGAACAUCUCACAUUUUGCCUCUAUAAUAUAACCCCGUGUCAUUUUAAUGGUACGUUCUGUGAAAUAAUUAUGCCACACUUCCCUUUGUUCCCCCUUCCUAUGUAUUUUAUAUUAUUUAUUUAAGGAUAGAUUGUCAAAAAGAUAACUGUCAAAGAGUGUGGACUUUUGAUGCAUAAUGCCAAAUGAUUCUUCAGAAGAGCUGUUGCCAAAUCGACAAUAAUGUUCAUUUCGCUGUAUCUUGCCAACCUCGUUGCGGGGACGGUGGUUGUUAUUGUUGUUCUUGUUCUUUAGGGGUGGAUGCUUACCAUGUGUCUUAAAUGAAUAUCUCAUAGGUGUUUGAAAAAUAAAGUAUAUUCUCUGUGUAUCAUGUACAACAAUAUUUAUGGUGUGUGUAUAUGACCUGUCAACGUUAUCCCAGCAUUUUCUGUAGCGUAGGUAACGCAUGAAAAGCACAUAGUGUACCGUGCCAGUCACAUGGAAAGUGCUCAGUGAUAGCUGUUAUUUUUGUCUCAAGUUCUUGUAAUUGUGAAUUUGUCAGUUUUUCUUCGCAUUGAUCAGAAUAUGUGUUUCAUAUCUUUUGAAGCUAUUGUAACAUGCAUAUUCAUGAUUUUAGUGAACCAUUUUUUUCAAAUUUUAAAAAUUGCCUUUGCUUCAUAUAAUGCUUUUCAUACUGAAUUCUAUUUUGUCUGCUAUUAAAAAAUUUCCAAGCUUG